CCCUGGUCCUUCCCCCCCAAACUCAGCUACACUACUGGAGCUGGAGAGUCCCCGAACCACAGCACUGAACCUACUGACAGCUGACCCAAAAGGAGUGAAAGAUGGAGCACAGAGACAGCGACUUCAGCAUACUGUUAGCCACCGACUCAUACAAGGUCACGCAUUACAAACAGUACCCCCCCAACACGAGUAAAGUGUACUCCUACUUCGAGUGCCGUGAGCGGAGGACCGAUCCCACCAAAAGCAGAAAAGUCAAAUAUGACAAAACCGUCUUCUACGGCCUACAGUACAUCCUCAACAAAUACCUGAAAGGAAAGGUCGUGACCCCAGAGAAGAUCCAGGAGGCGAAGGAGGUUUACAGAGAACACUUCCAGGAUGAUGUUUUCAACGAGAAGGGCUGGAACUACAUCUUGGAGAAAUACGACGGCCACCUGCCCAUUGAGAUCAAGGCAGUGCCCGAGGGGAGUGUCAUCCCUCGGGGCAACGUCCUGUUCACGGUGGAGAGCACGGACCCUGAAUGCUACUGGCUCACCAACUGGGUGGAGACCAUCCUGGUGCAGAUCUGGUACCCCAUCACCGUGGCAACCAACUCCAGAGAGCAGAAGAAGAUCCUCGCCAAGUAUCUCCUGGAGACUUCUGGGAACCUGGACAAGCUGGCGUAUAAACUCCAUGACUUUGGCUACAGGGGCGUCUCCUCACAGGAGACUGCGGGCAUCGGGGCUUCGGCCCAUCUGGUGAACUUCAAGGGCACAGACACGGUCGCCGGCAUCGGAGUCAUUAAGAAGUACUACGGCACCAAGGACCCCGUGCCCGGCUUCUCAGUGCCUGCCGCAGAGCACAGCACCAUCACAGCGUGGGGGAAGGACCACGAGAAAGACGCCUUCGAGCACAUCAUCAAGCAGUUCCCCAACGUGCCCGUGUCCAUCGUCAGCGACAGCUACGACAUCUACAACGCCUGCGAGAAGAUCUGGGGGGAGGACCUGAGGGCGCUGAUCGUGGCGCGCAGUGCAGACGCUCCACUGGUGGUGCGGCCAGACUCAGGGAACCCGCUGGAUACCGUUCUGAAGGUUUUGGAGAUCCUGGGUAAGAAGUUUACUCCAGAGGAGAACUCCAAAGGCUAUAAGGUUCUCCCUCCUUACAUCAGAGUCAUACAGGGAGACGGAGUUGAUAUCAACACACUGCAAGAGAUUGUGGAGGGCAUGAAGCAGCACAGGUGGUCCAUUGAGAAUAUUUCCUUUGGGUCCGGAGGGGCUCUGCUGCAGAAACUGACCAGAGAUCUGCUCAACUGCUCCUUCAAAUGCAGCUACGUGGUCACUAACGGACUGGGGGUGAAUGUGUUCAAAGACCCGGUGGCGGACCCUAACAAGAGGUCAAAGAAAGGUCGCCUGUCCCUGCACCGGACUCAGGGCGGAGACUUUGUCACCCUGGAGGAGGGCAAAGGCGACCUGGAGGAGUAUGGCGUGGACCUGCUGCACACUGUCUUUCAGAACGGGAAGAUCGUGAAGUCGUACACAUUUGACGAAGUCAGAGACAAUGCCAAGCUCACGGACAGUGAUAUCGAAACAUUUCACUGAGUGCAGCAUCCCCCUUUGACCCCAAAAACAAAUUCCCCUCCCUAUUCCCCUGAACCCGUCACCUUUUGGCCUCCGUCGACACCUCAGAGGUGGCGUGCAAUGCUAAUAAAUCCCCCUCCCAAAGCUUGAAAACCCCCUGAAAUAAUCCCAAAAAUCCCUUAAAAUUCACUUGUCUUCACCCUCAGUUCCAAACACUGUUGUUGUUUCUCCAACAGAGGGGGGGGGGGGGAGAGAGAAUAAAGUGUGUGCGAGUUACAGUGAGCUGCAAGACAUGUAGAGGGGUAGAAGUUGUGAUAAUGACGACAAACUGUUGUUUCACUCCCACGCGUCGCUGCCCAAAAUGUAACUUCAGCACAUUGCACUGAAAGGCUAGACAUAUUCCAAUGUAAGAAUGCGACUCGCCGCCAUUAAGUGGAUAUAAGUAAUACAUAUAUAAGUGAUACAUGUAAGACAAAAGCAAAAGAGAUGAUUGUAAGUGAGUUCCUGGCGGCUGCAUGUGGAGUAAACACACGGUGGGUCAAAGACAGAGAGGCGGUGAGAGAAAGUUAAAUGUGAAGCCACAUCCCACACCAAUGACCGCCCCCCGUGUAUUGUGUACAGAGCUGUUUAAAAAAAAAAAACAUACAUGUCUGAAUCUACUUAGCUUUGUCUUUUAUGUGAAGGAAGAACAUGAUGAUCAUUGUAUGUAACGGUGCACCGAUAACAUUGUUGGAAAUAGAAGAUUGGGCAGACUUACUGCGAUGAAGGAUUUCAUUUCCCCAGUUUUCUGCUUUUUAUCAGUAGCUAAAGCCCAGAUUAUAAAAGGCCAACAUCUAUCACUGCCUGAAUAUUUUGUACUCCUACUUCACCAAAUAAAAAUGUUAUGGGUGCACCUGUAAAGGUAUACAAAUGAUCAUCUACUUGCCAUUAUGUUGACCACAGAGCAUUCACAUCAUGGAGGUCUACUCGUACCACAGAAUUCCAGCAUUUGGUCAUAUAAACAUCUGAAAAAGAUGACAACCUAAUUUUCCAUCACUUUUCAGAACCCAAAAUCUUUACAAACUAAAAUGACAAUGCGAGACUUGAAUUCUAAUUUUCAAAUUGGGUCUUCACGAUGGUGAAUGCUCUGGAUCCAGUCUUUGCUGUAUAAGACCAAGUGUUGAUGUAAAAAAAAAAACUGUAAUUUUCUUCACUGGAGUGAAGACUAUGUGUAUAUGAAAGAUUAUGUGGCUCCUCGGCUGAAAUGUAUGUUAAAUGUUGGUUCGGCUGUGUGUGUGUGUGUGCUGAGAUUUUCUUCCUUUAUAGGUUUGUGUAGUAUUCCUAUUAUGCAAAUUAACUUGGUGUUCGGGGGGAAAGGAGAACAUUCUUCCUUUUUACUUUGUCCAGCUUUUAUCCUGAAAGGAGACGCAGCUUGGUGAAAAACUGGUGGCGAUACAGUAGUGACUGUUAUAUCCUUUGGGCAAUGUAAAUGGAUUUUCCUGUUGAAGAGAUGUAAGAGUGAGCUAAAGACAUCAUAGGAAAAAGUUGUUUGUUCAGACCAGAAGCAAAAUAUUUCACCAAAUUUCUCCUUAUCUAAAUUCAAAUGUAAACUUGGAUGUAUCACUAAAUUCCAACAAAAGUAACAACUUUCCCCUUUAGCUUAAAUGUUAUGUUGUGCUAAUGAGCAGUUGUUAGCAUGCUAACUUACUAAACUACGAUGGUGAACAUGGUAGAGCUGCCAAGUUUAGUGUUAGCUGCUAAGGAAAAUUAGCCUGUAUGUCUAAAGUUCUCAAAUUAAUGAAUGUCCAUUGUUCCAUCUUUAAUAAAUACAUAAAUGUGUCAUAUCUGCUAAACAGCAGCAUGUUAGCAUUGUCUUUGUGAGCAUGUUAGCAUGCUUACAAUAGCAUUUAGCUCAAAGUUAAGUCAAAGUUAAUGAGCUGCUAGCAUGGCGUUUGCUAGCUAACUAGCUUAAAUGUUUAAUGCUGUGGGUAAUAUUAUUUUAUUCUCUGGCCCACACCUUUUCCAGUCAUUUAGCCACUUUACAUUUAUAGCUUCACAUAUUUUCACCUUGGGAGCUGCUACCACAGUAUGCUACAUGUUAGCCCCUCGAGCUAACACUCUACAGUCACUUUCUCUGUGAUUUAAGAAAAGACCUUGAAGAGUCCUGUGAUGUCACCAUCUCUCACAACACAGUUAGCAGUACAUUGAAACAACCUCAGACUGUUUCCUUUAUUUUCCUAUGGUUUUUUCCCACUGUUUUGUGAGUUUUGGAGUAGACCUAGUUAUUUCUUUUUCCAAUUAUGGGGUGCAUUUUAGUAAAACUCUGGUUUAACAUUUUUUGAUAAUGUCUCAGUUCUUACCUCAAAAAUAUGAUUUUGUAUGAAGGACUCGAGGAAGGAAAAAUGCCAGUAAAUAUUUGUAUUUACAAACGAUGUGGCCAUACUGCCUUCUCACCUGUACAUACAUCAGCUAGUUUGACUGAAAGCAGAGGGGCAGUUAGGGAGGAGACAACAAAUGCUAUUAUUAUUUUUGUCAUAACCAUUUUUUGUACCAACAGAAGAAUAUCCAAACCUGCUUUACUGGACUGCCAGUGCGAUGUGCUUAUGUGUGUAAGUGUGUGAAUGCCUGCCUUGUGUGUCUGACAAACUGUUUGUGAAUACUUUUUUUUCUUUAUGUCGUUGUUUUACGCAUAUGUAUAUGUUGGUUGUCCCAAAAUUCUCUCCCAACACGACUGAUAUUUUCUUUGCUAACAUAACUUGCUAUAUUGUCAACAAUACAUUGAUUAAAGAUGCCACCCUGUCAAUUUGGAAUGGUUGAUUUAUAUUAUUUCCUUUAGUACAGGAUAGAUUUAACAUUUAGUUCACCGUUUGUUUAGAUAACUUAUGUCGUCAGCUACUAUCGGGCUCUUUUUAUUUUUAGGGAUCUAUUUUGAAUUUAUUUUCUGGAAAGAGGAGGGUAAUUUGGUCAAACAUAAUACGAAAAAAAAACGUCCUUGCUCCUACAAAACCCUCCUAAAAAGUAGUUUAUUCACUUAUCUAACUUUUCUUUUCAUACUUGUUGAAUAGUUUGCCUGUCUGUAGGCCCAUUUUCCAUUUGCAUGUUAAGAUGUUAAGCCGACCUGUUGUUUAUCGAAUCUGCAGGGGAGCCUUGCAGUUGUUGAAAUGAUUACAUUGGAAGUGUGCUGAUUUAACCCUGCUUCUAUUUUCCCCAUGAUUGUACCAAAUGACACACUUCUUUCCAGGAAACUUGUAAAUUAUUCCGAAUUUAUGAAGCUGUGGAAUAAAGUGUCACCAAUA